CUGUUGGGCAGCUGCUGGAAGUGAAGUGAAGGAGCGUCAGCCUCUAGAGCGGAGUCACUGAAUCAAAUCAUCAGCCCGAGCAGAGCGCGGCAGUCACUCCGCGGAGAGGACACCCAGCUACUCGGCCAAAGACCCUUUUACGCACCGCGGGGAACUACCUGAAAACGCAAAUGUUGGCACUGUGAGAGCAAGGAUCCAGCAGUGUCUCCCCCCCUUAAAUUCUCCUGGAAUAUUCUGUUUUGAUUAUUGGAAAGACAUUUGUUGAGUAACAGGUAAAAGCUGGGGAGCAUCUCCUGAACAGAAUGAAGGGAUUUACACCUUUCUUCAACAUGAUCCUUGUUGCGCUACUUGUCGCCAGCGUCACAGCGACCAAGUUAAAUGUUCCGCGGCUGAGACUGUCAUACAAAGACCUGCUGUCCACCAACAGGUCGUCCAUCUUCAGCGGCCAUCACGGCCAGCUCUCCCUUUCCGCCGUCUUCCUGGACGAGUACCGUGACCGCCUCUUCCUGGGAGGGAAAGACAUCCUGUACUCUCUCAUGCUGGGGCCUGCCAGCAGCGAGUCCAAAGAGAUCUACUGGCCCCCGUUACCUGGCAACAGAGAGGACUGCAUUCAAACCGGGAAAGAACCACAGACGGAGUGUGCAAACUUUGUUCGCCUCCUGCAGCCCUACAACCGCACCCACCUCCUGGCCUGUGGCACUGGUGCCUUCCAGCCCAUGUGUGCCUUCAUCUACGUGGGACACAGAGGCGAGCAUGUGUUCACCAUGGACCCUACAAAUGUGGAGAAUGGACGAGGGAAGGUUCCACAUGACCCCAGCUUUCCCUUCGCUAGCACCUUCAGUGGUGGGGAGCUGUACACAGGACUGACUGCAGACUUCCUGGGUAGAGACUCUGUGAUCUUCAGGAGUAUGGGAGGUCGCUCCAUCAUGAGGACAGAAACUGACCAGAAACUUCUCCAUGACCCUAAAUUCAUCGCUGCCCACCUAAUCCCUGACAACGAUGACAGAGACAACGAUAAAGUGUAUUUCUUCUUCACUGAGAAGGCCACGGAGGCAGGGGACAGGGAGGGAGCCAUACACACACGUAUCGGACGAGUGUGUGCGAAUGAUGUUGGAGGCCAGAGAGUGCUGGUGAACAAGUGGAGCACCUUCAUCAAAGCCAGACUGGUCUGCUCUGUACCAGGGCCCCACGGCAUCGACACACACUUUAACCAACUGGAGGAUGUUUUCCUGCUGAGGACCAAGGAUGAGAGGAACCCAGAUGUCUAUGCAAUCUUCAGCACCAUUAGUAAUGUGUUCCAGGGUUUUGCCGUGUGUGUUUACCGUAUGGCUGACAUCAGAGAAGCCUUUAACGGACCCUUCGCUCAUAAAGAGGGUCAGGACUACCAGUGGGGGGCCUAUGAGGGCAGGGUCCCUUAUCCAAGACCAGGCGUGUGCCCAAGUAAAAUUACCAACCAGCCGGGCAGAGAGUUUGGCAGCACAAAAGACUUCCCUGAUUCAGUGCUGCAGUUUGCACGCAGCCACCCAUUGAUGUGGCGUCCGGUGUAUCCUGCCCUGCGUCAACCUGUGCUUGUAAAGGCCAACAUUCCUUACAAGCUAAAACAAAUCGUGGUGGACCGGGUCGAGGCAGAGGAUGGGCAGUAUGAUGUCAUGUUCAUCGGCACAGACGUUGGCACAGUAUUGAAGGUCAUUGCCCUGCACACUGGAAACAGCCUGGAGACAGAGGAGGUCACACUGGAGGAGCUACAAGUCUUCAAAGUGCCAACUCCAGUUACAUCAAUGGACAUAUCCGUGAAAAGGCAAGCCCUGUAUGUGGGAUCGCCAGCAGGUGUUGCGCAGGUGAAGCUGCAUCGCUGUGAGACGUAUGGGAAAGCCUGUGCUGAGUGCUGCUUGGCCAGAGACCCUUACUGUGCCUGGGAUGGAUCCCUCUGUGCGCGGUACAUGCCAAACAGCAAACGGCGUUACCGCAGACAGGACAUCAGGCAUGGCAACCCUGUGCUGCAGUGUGUGGAUCAGAACUUGAAUGAAGACCUUGAUGUGACAGAAGACAGGGUUGUGUACGGGACCGAGAACAACAGCACCUUCCUUGAGUGUGUUCCUCGCUCUCCACAAGCUACUGUUACCUGGCUGGUCCAACGUGAUGACCGCAAGGAAGAGGUAAAGCUGGAUGAACGCGUGAUGUCCACUGAGCAGGGCCUCCUGUUUCGUCGUCUCUUCCGCCAGGACGAAGGCAUGUACAUCUGCCGCUCCCGAGAGCAUGGCUUCACGCAGACCCUGGCCCGCCUCACCCUCGAAGUCCUCCAGGGGGAGACUGUGGACGAGCUCAUGGCACGCGACAAUGCUGGCCUCUCUGACUCGUUCAAAGACCGCUCCACAGGAAGCUACAGGGCCUGGAUGCCUUGUAGCGCAUACAGCAGGGCAGGCUCAUCAAGCCAAAUUGGUCAGUCCCGUACAUGGUUCAAGGAUAUCAUGCAGCUGAUUGGGCCGUCAAACCUGCCACACGUGGAGGAGUACUGCGAGAGGAUGUGGUGCAAUGACAAGCUGAGGAGGAAACACAAGAGCAUGCUGGAAAAAUACCGCCAAGCACAGGAGAGUGCCAGAAAGGCACGUAGCAAGAGCUCUGGAGAACGUAACCGGACGCCGAGGGACCUCAGCGCUUUGGAGGAGUAACAGCGAGAAAGUGAGCAGGGGGAAAGGAAGAGAAAAGGGACAAAGAUUGCAGUACAGGACAAGAUGAAUUGGGCAGCAAAAAGGGUCAGGACCAGAAUCAACUCCUAAUAGUUGAAACUUUGGCGCUUGGGUUUGUAAGAAUGGGGUAGAUCAGAACAGAGCAUCUGCUUUGGCCAUUAAACCUAACAGAAUGGAUUUUGUGAAAUCAGUGUAUGUGUAGGUCAGGUGCUAGGGUUUGGUUCUGGACAUGGCCCAAAAAACACAGAAGUGUUUGGCUGUCUGUAAAGACGGCACAAAAAAAGACUGCUACUGAACUGAAAAGGCUGUUGCUAAAAAGAGGAGACGAAACACUUUGAGGAUGCUUUUUAAAAAUCUUGAUUAACAAGGACUCCUCCUGCUCCCACACUUGUAUACUUUUACGGUUAAAAACGCCUGACACUGCUUCCAUUUCAUCAAGUCAUAUAAAACCUUUACAAACCUCAGACUUAAAGAAGGUAUGUGUGCCUGUGGACUGACUCUGUAAUGAACAGUUUGGGUUGGCUUUUGGCAGAUUGGAGCUUCAGAAGAGAGGAACAUCACAUUUACAUACUUUGCAUCUUUGGACUACAAAAUAGCAGGUUUGUCAAGUGUAGCUCACAUACAUUUACUUUCACUGGAUUCAUCUUCUUCUCACUUGAUAUUUAAUGGUCCAAGUUUCUUGCCUUGCUCUGCACUUAGCUUUUUUUUUUAAAAAAAUGAAAUAUUUAUGCAUGACUUCAGCUCAAGACAUAACUGAGUUUGCAGUGUAUUUAUAGGAGGCAUAUGCAACUAAUUCACCCAGGCUUAGAGACCUACCAUGUCUGAUCUUGCCACUGUACGUACACACACACACACACACACACACACACACACACGCUUAAAUAAACUGAAAUCCCACUCACCCAUAACACUGAAUGCAUAAGCUCAACUAGCCCAAACUGGAAGCUACCAUGGGACGACUGUUGAUGGUUCAACAGAUUAAAGGCACAUUGCUUUAUUUUUACUGCUGUGGGUUGAACUUUCCAUUAAACACCAGCUACAGAUCAACAUUCCCCCCUCACUGACCCUUGAAGGGAUCUUUCAAAGCGGCUUAAUGUCUUGUGUUUCAUGUUCUUGGGCACAUACUGUAAGGAAGAACCCUUUAGCAGAUCCGAAUCACAGGGUGGAUACACAAAUCAUUUUUCACUCUUUUGUUAAAUUUGCAAUAUACGAUAUUCACUUUGAACAUUACAAGCAAGCAUGAAGGUGGCUAAGAUGAGAUGGUGAUGGCUAGCAGUGCAGUUCUAACAACAGUGCUGAAAGAGUUAACAGUGAUAAUGGGGGUUAGAUUACAAUCACCGGGUGACCUGGGGGGGAACUGGAGGGUGGGUGUAUCACUUUACUGCCAUUCCGCCACUGUGAGUUGGGGGCGGCGUUAUUAGGGGUGCUAACAGUGCUAACAACGGCAACAGGGCUGAAUGAGCUAACAGUUGAGCUAACACCGAUAUGAACAAGUUCGAAGAAAAGGGGGGCUGGAGGGACUCACAUGCAUAUGCAGCUGGAUCGGUACCACAACAAAGAACAGAGAAACCCAGAUCACAACACACACAGAGGGAGUGUGCCUUCAUUAUCUGCUCAGGAUGCCAUUUCUCCACUGUAUCUUUACAUGGCAAACAAGUGUUUGCUGCUAUGUUCUGAAUGUCGUAUAUUGCGCGUUCGGCAAUAGGGCAUUUGGCCUCUGUCGUUUUUUUGCUGUGCAUUUAGUAGUCAAAACCCAUCCAUUAAAAAGAGAAAUUACAUAACCUGACCUCUCUGACAUAGCCUCACCUCACACUAAACUCAUUUUCCCACAGUUCCUCUGUGUGCUGUCGCUCUCUACUGACAAUAGAGGGAACAAUAGAAGGGGUCAGCUGUAAUGGCCGACUCCUCCUAUGCUUUCUGCUUUGUAAACACCAGUUUUAAGACGGUUCAUAGUUUGAACACGAUAAUCCACAUUGUAUUGUCUUCAAGGUUUGUUGUUAAAAUAUAACUUUUAUGGAAAAUGAAUCCAAAAAAGGUUUUCCUUCCACAGAUGACAGCUGGAAAAGAGAACAGAGGGUUGAACUGAUUAAUGGGACAGAAAAACACAGAUAAAGAGACAGGGCAGAUUAAUAAAAGACUGGCCUUGAAUGGGGUGAGAUGUGAGCUUUAUAAGCUAAAGUCAAAUUUGGCUUCGGAAAGAAAUAAAGAGUGGAGGUCAGGGAAAGCAGGCGGCAGGCGAGGAGAACGAAUGCCAAGCUUCAGUUUCAGUGAGGUCAGUGUGGAUGGGCAUGACAGAGCUUCAGUAAUAUAAGCUAUCAACAAUAAUCAAACUGAAGCAGAGGGAAAAUGUAAAUACAAUUGUGUAAAAUGAUUUUCUUAUUGAAAUGAGUUUUAAGAGUUUCUCUAAACCAUAUCAUCCAUAUGUAACAAUUAACUUACAUUAAUGAAGGCUUUUGAGUUGCUACUCUAGCAACCUCCUACGGCGCCACCAUGGAGGUCCAGGGGAGAGCUGUGUAUAUGAUGGGUUACAUGUAGUGCACAAAAUAAACAAUAAAAAACAUGUGCUUAUAAUGUGCCAUAGCUAAUAAUUGCCAGAUGAAAUACUUUUACUUAUUUCUUGAAUCUUGCACCUUUAAUCUUUGCCCCUGCACAUGUCUGUAUAUGCCAGAUAUCCAGGCUGAUAUUACCGACCUUUGAAGUGUGAUAAAUUAAAUGUUAAUCAGGGGGUGAAAUCUUCAGUUUCCAAUUAUGAACUGUACAAAAGUUACCCAUACUUAUUGGAUUCAUUUGAAGACAGCUACACACAUGUAGUCACAAUCAGCUGUUCACAAAUUGCCUUUUGUUGCCAAAGAACUGAGGACCUCCAAUAUGGCUGCCAGAAGGUGAAACCCCUGUGACAUGUGUACAUAUGGAAGAUGGUAUCGAUAUUGUGGGAGCCCUCUCGUUUAAAAUUAGCCAGGAAACAACAUUAACACCAGUGACCUUUUUGUAACCUUAAUGGCGUGUGAAUGACCUCUGAGAGGGGAAAGAAAAAGAGAGAGGAAAGGAGACAUUAAAAGAAUGAGGUACUAUGAGCAUCUUGUGAAGUCUGUAUUUACAGUUUAUUUAAAAAAAGAAAAUCCUAAUCCCUAUUAAUUAAAACCAUUUUCUCCCCAGUUCAUUAGUAUGAAAUGAGUAUUCCAGUUUGUACAGCACACUUAAGCACACAUUUUACUUUGGCAAGGUUUAUUUUCUCGGUUUGAGGACUGUGAGACUGGCUAUUAGACUCCACUUAUAGUGUUUUCUUUAACAAUAUUGCUCCUGAUGUGUAUCUAAAUGGAAGGAAAAUGAUAGAGUGACGGGAAGAUGGUGUGAUGACACAAAGAGACGGUUUACUAGGCAGGGUAAAACUUAAUAUAUCUAGAAAAUAACCCUCCUCAAAAGUUACUUUUCUCAAAAAAUGGUCACCUAAUUUUAUAUUUUAGUCUUGUCAUAUUUUUGUGAACAGCUAAAAAGUUACUUUGUCUGGACUGAAGUUUUUGUUGUUGCUGUGCUUCUGUAAGCCCACAUCAUGACCCUGCAUUACUGUCAUCAGAAAAUAUGAAAUAAGAUAUAACUUUUGUAAAUAUGAUUGUAAACUUACAGUGUGUAAAACUGUCUGAAUAUACAAGUUUCCAUUUUAUGGCAUCUGUCAUAAUGGAACUACCAAAAUAAAUGCAGACACCUUUUUCCCAGGACAGUGUUUUAAGACUUAAAAUGACACAAAAAGUAGUACUUCAGGAUGAUAUUGGUAAUUUAUGCAUUUUUGCAAAUAUGUAAUUUUUAGUCGCUGACAAAAAUGUGGCAUUACUGAAUAAAUGUUAGUUAUUUGUGCAUGUGCAAAACACACAUUGUAAAGCCUUCAAAUGCAUUUCAGUUGUUGUACUGUUGCACAAAGUUUGUAGUAGUAUCGCAUCUCACUUUUAUAUAGUGUUAAGAUGUCUGCUCUUUAGCUAGUUCAGUGCAGUUUGUCAGUUCUUCUUCACUUUUAUCUAAAACACAUGUUGAAUUUGCAUCAGUCCUGCUUUAAUGUCCAACUGUAGUGUUUUACAGUAUUUAUAAAAGAAAACCUGAUGGGUUUAUAAUAAGACAAAGACUCAAACAUUCAUCAGUGUGAUCAAUGCAUUGUGAUUACUUUUGUAAAACUGAGACAUGGUUUCGCUCCAGUCACACACUACACCAUGUGAUUAGCUGCUCCUUCUGAUUGGAGGUGCACUGAUUCAUAAAAGCCUGCACAUGCUCUGACCACCACAGCUACUUUAUAUCAAGCAGACAAAGAGGUUCAGACUGUGGAAGUCGACACUGCAGUAAACAGUCAAGACAUCUAUCUACUCAGGAUCUUGGCACUCACGAGCUUGGAAGGUCAGCAGUCCAACAAGCACACAUAGCCAUCAUGAAUUUGCAGAGUUCAGCAAGCAAGCAAGUUUCCCUGAACAUGCAGACAUCAACACUCCCAAUGUAGAAUUUAGGCUAUAAGUGUAAAAGCAGCUUCUGAUUAACAAUGAACAUUAACUUUGUGACCUGUCCCUUUAUUGUACUGUAAAACUGUGCUGGUUGUGGGGCCUCUGACAGAGCCUAAUUUAAAGCAUAUUUAUGUUUUAUUUAAGUGUCUUUCUACCAUGCAUGCUAUGUACUUGUAUGCUAUUUAACAGCAUUAAAAGUGGAUUUUCUAACAUAAA